AGCGAUUCUCGUAUCUAUCUGCUCAUUUCACCAUGGCUCUUACUUUGUCGGUCGUUCUGGCAUGCGCCGGACUCGUUCUGGGCUCCGUCCAUCCCCCAGCAUAUGGCCAUCAUCCACAGCCCGCUUACGGUCAUCAUGCACCCGCUUACGGUCAUCAUGCACCUGCUUAUGGCCACCAGCAUGCCUAUGAGCACGGUUACUGCGACUCAACGGUUGCCCCAACAUGUGCUGCCAACUCAACUCUCUCCUACUGCUUGGAAGACGCUGAGUAUCCCGAGUACGAGAUUAAGGCUGCCAUCACUGCAGAUCACCUAUUCGCCAAGAAGUACGCUGACGUCGCCGAUCAGUCUGCUGAUGACUUGGUAGACAUGGUUAGCAAGGACCAGGAGGAGGCCUUCGACUACUCUUACUACACUGGAGCCUCCACUGGGGACUCUCCCUACGAUGCCACUCACUGGGGUGGUCCUGAGGGUUACAUCUGUCCCUCCGAAGUAGUGUAUGCCAUGCCCAAACGUGCCCAGAAUGUGGACGGCAAGUGGCGCGUCAUUGUCAACGACGUUCACUAUUACAGCCAGACUGCUCGCCUCGAGACUUGUCUGUUCCCAGAGUCUGCUUGCCGCGCCCUUGCUCCUUGCUACCAGAGUCAUUGUACCCAGAAGUCAGUAUACCACCGACUCCUCUCCUACGACCCAUGUGACCCUUACAAGGGCCUCUUCAUCGAUAUCUACAAGAUGCCAUCUGCCUGCUCCUGCCACCUUCCCGCCUAACACGCCACCACAACGCUUUUCAUCGAAUCGCCUCUUCACACACCGUCUAACACUUCAUGGCUACUAAGGAACCACAGACAUCCUCUGUUUGUGGAGGAGAAAACCCCGACUGGAGAUCUGAUUUCUUCACGUACUGCCACAAGUCAUGCCAAGAACCGCCGUGACGCUCCCGUCGUUGAUCUUUCUCCCCUCUUCGGCGAUGUAAAAGAUAAAAGCGAGACGUUUAUUGUAAUAUUUUUAUAAACAAAUCAUAUUUCAACAAA